CCAGAUCUUGAAGUGGGUUUGUUUGAUUUUCUGAAACAGCAGUGAAAAGGGUUUUGAUUAGAGAUGGCUCAUGUAAUUGAAAAUGGGUUUCACAUCCAUGGUGCUUUGGGAUCGCUUUUGGCAUUGGUUUUCUACUUGUGCUUAAGGAGUCCAACAGUCAUAGCCUCUUCCUCUUGUCCUUCUUGUGCUUGUAAUUGCUUCCAAGAAAAUGCAUUUCUUUCAGCAUUAGAAUCUCUGAACAACACAUUUGCAGGUUGCGGUAAAAAUGAUCCAGAGGUACAUGCAGAAUUGAAGAAAAAUGUUACGGAAUUACUAAAUGAGGAGCUGGAAUUACUUGAGAUGGUAACCAAUGAUACAUUACAACACUCAGCAGCAGUACUUUUGGAAACCAGAAGACAUGCUUUGGACUACAGAAAAGAAGCAGAAAAGUGCAAUGCAGGAGUAGAAAGCUGCGAGCUAGCAAGGGAGAGAGCUGAAGCAGAACUAAGAGAGGAGAAGAAACUUACAGCAUUGUGGAAGCAACGUGCACGUAAAUUUCAUAGACCGAAAAAAUGUGUGUGCAUAUACAUAUAAUUGUUCAGCAAACAGGUGUAUCUCAAGAUGUUAAUAUGAUCACUUGUUCUUCGGUCUUUGAAGCAAAAAACUUGGAUUUUUUUAGUUAUUUUCUCUUGUAAAGCUUAUCUUCAUGCUACUUCCUAAUUGGGAAAAAAUGGAAAAAUCACUU